CUGUUUUGGGCGCACUACGUACCUAUUCGCAACGGUUCGGCGACCUGGGCACGAAAUAAGCAGGACAGGCCCGCUUAUCACAUGCUCCAGAAUCUAUCCCUGAGCACAUUCACUUGUGUUUACAUCACCGAGCAAGUACGACCCCAAGCUCCGGAGCGAACCACCGCCUUACCAACUAUCGGAUAUUUUUACUUGUGGGAGUCAAUCGAAUAGACGGCCAUGGUGACCAUCGGCUCACCGGUCAAGCUGACCAACAAGUUUUCGUCCAUGUUACACUCGGCCGUCCACCACCAUCAUCACCAUAAGGAUAAAGGCAAUGGCGGGGAGAUUCAGUGGUGUUUCUCACAAGUUAAAGGGACGAUAGAAGAUGAAGUGACUGAAGUUCCUGUUUUUGCAGCCGACAUAAUUUCCUGUGUCGAGUUCAACAGUGAUGGGGAUUUGCUAGCCACUGGGGACAAGGGUGGACGUGUUGUCAUAUUCCAGCGCGACAGGCUGAAUGAUACGUUGCUUCAGAGCAAGGUAGCAGGUGGCCCAAAUCGUGGGGAAUACAAUGUGUACAGCACAUUCCAGUCUCAUGAACCAGAGUUUGAUUACCUCAAAAGUUUAGAAAUUGAAGAGAAGAUCAACAAAAUCCGUUGGCUGAAACGAACAAACAGGAAUCAUUUCCUUCUGUCUACCAAUGAUAAGACAAUCAAGUUGUGGAAGGUUGCUGAACGUGACAAGCGACCAGAAGGCUACAACCUGAAAGAUGAAAAUGGGGUCCUCCGUGACCCGAACUCCAUCACCUCACUCAGAGUGCCAGUGUUUGCUCCCAUGGAGCUCAUGGUUGAAGCUAGUCCCAAGAGAGUUUUUGCUAAUGCUCACACAUAUCACAUUAACUCCAUAUCGGUCAACAGUGACCAGGCCACCUAUCUCUCUGCUGAUGACCUGCGCAUCAAUUUAUGGAACUUGGAAAUUACAGACCAAAGUUUCAAUAUUGUUGACAUCAAACCAGCAAACAUGGAGGAGUUGACUGAGGUGAUUACAGCGUCUGAGUUCCACCCUCGGGAAUGUAACAUGUUUGUCUAUAGUAGCAGCAAAGGAACAAUUAGGUUAUGUGACAUGAGGGACAACGCCUUGUGUGAUAAACAUGCCAAACUUUUUGAGGAGCCAGAAGACCCAACAAACAGGAGUUUCUUUUCGGAAAUUAUAUCAAGUAUAUCUGAUGUGAAGUUUAGUCACAAUGGAAGAUACUUGAUAACUAGAGACUAUUUGUCAGUUAAAGUGUGGGACUUGAACAUGGAAAACAAGCCUGUUGAAACUUACCAGGUCCAUGAAUAUUUGAGGAGCAAGUUGUGUUCUCUCUAUGAAAAUGACUGUAUAUUUGACAAGUUUGAGUGUUCCUGGAGUGGAGAUGAUAGGCACAUUAUGACAGGUUCAUACAACAAUUUCUUCCGUAUGUUCGAUCGUGACCAGAAGAGGGACAGUACGCUUGAAGCAUGUCGGGAGAACAUGAAGCCAAAAACAGUCCUGAAACCCCGCAAGGUUUGCACUGGAGGCAAACGCAAGAAGGAUGAGAUUAGUGUAGACUGUCUGGACUUCAACAAAAAGAUUUUGCACACUGCAUGGCAUCCUCAGGAGAACAUUAUUGCCAUCGCAGCUACCAACAAUUUGUAUAUAUUUCAAAGCAAAGACUAGCACAGACAUGAACCUAGAUGUAUUGUUCUAAUUGGUGCAAACGAUGCCUGGAGACAGAACACUUGUGAAGACACAGUUCAGUCUCAGGUUUUUUGUGCAGGCGUAACUGAUGUCCGGAAGUUAACAUGACUCCCUCGGAAGCGAUUGUAAAUAUGAGAAUGAAUUCAUGCUCCAUUCCUUGAAAGGAAUAAGGAUAUUGUUUUUCUAAGUGAUAUCCCAAGGAACAAAAUGAAGUCGGGAUGGCUUUAAAGAAUCAAGGAUAAGUUCAGUGGUCCUUUCUGACCAAAAGACCCUAUCUUCACACAUGCUCUCCAAGUCUCGAGCAUAAUUUCUCGGCAGUGAGACUGAUUCAAGCAGCACUCUCCAUAAGCAUAAGUUUUCAGAAACCGUUCCACCCCGAGUGUUCUCUUACCUUCUCGGCAUAAACUGACUUAUCUGUGCUGGUGUUUCUAAAAUUUUGAGUUGGUUUUCACUAGCACCUGAUUACAUGGAAUGUCUUAACACAAUAGUGCUGCAAUGUUUCAUCUACUACUGUUAACACUGGUUUUGAAGUGCUAUGUUAGAUACAGGUUUAUCAUCCACAUAAUCAUUGCAUUAUCUAUCAUGUGCCAAUAACAUUUCCCAUGAUCAUUUAAGAAGGAAGGCUGCUGUAAAGUACUUGACAGUUCAGGCCUAGAAAAUUGUUCUGUUCGCUAUGAAAUGUUGCUCUAUUCACUUCUGAAAUGAAAUGACUUUAUAAUUUGAAGCAGAAAAAUUUAGGGUAGCUAUCAAGAAGUUUCUGGCAUCAUUAACUUAUGUGAUGAAAUGUGUAUUUCAUAUCCUUUAAGCCAGAAAAUGAUUUGCAUUAUCAAGACUAACAAACUGGUAUACACAACUUUAAUCUAUUAAUAAUAUGAAUGAGAAACGGGUAUAUAACAGGCUUUAAGCAUUAAAUUUGUAACAUGAACUAACAGUAAUAGAAUGGAUUGGUGGGGCUAACAAAAGUGUACAUGUGCUUGAGGCUUUCAGGGCAGCAGAUGGACAACUUUGUAUUCUUUUUUAUUUUAGAAACAAUAUUGGUAUAAUUUACUUGACUCUUAUGUAAGCACUAGUCAAACAUGUUUUCAGGGAAAUAAGAGAUUGACAUAAUGCCUUGGUUUAAUAUGCCUAGAAUGGUUCUGAUUAGUUUGAAUUAAGCCUCUUGUUGAACAUGGAUCUUUUAUUUGUUUUUCAGUGGUUAGUGUCAUGGUAGUUGAGCUCUCUUUAAAAUUCAUCCUUUUUAGGGCUGCAUGUUGUGCUUAUUCCUAUGUUGCUUGUACAAAAAAUUACUGAGGAGCAGAAGAGUGGUUUCAUAUUUAAAAGUGUCAUGUCGUUUUUCUGUAUAUCUUAAGGUAUAACUUCAUAAGUGAUAAAAGAAUGAGCUUCCCUGUUAGAGAAGUUGAAGGUGCUAAGUUUAUAUCUAAAUUUACUUUGUUACACAAUUAAACCUCAUAAUAUACGUUAGAGAUGGUUUAAGAAAUAAACACAUUCUUUUGCUUUUGUUCCAGCAAUACAUGGUUUUAGUAAACCAAUAGUGUAAUUUUAAAAAAGUAAAAGUGUUCAAGCACCAAGCUAUUAGGUAUCUCCUCCCUUUCUUUUAAAUUAAAGUUUUAAACCAGAUCUUUUCUUCAGUUCUACAUUACACUGCUGGUGCAUUUGUAGAGGGUUAGGUUCUUCUGUGCUCAUGAUAGAUUCUUUGAAUUGUUUUUGCUCAAGUCUUUGCCAAACUAUACAAAAGAACUGUUUGUGUAUGGGAUUAGGUAGUGCUCAGUCUAUUUGUUCAUCACGGACUUCCUUGUUACCCUGUUGCUUUGUGUAAGACCUCAGUAUUAGUAAUGUACUUAGUUGUGUAAUUGAAGAUCAGUUUGUACACUUGUGCAAUAUGUUUUGUUAUUGACAUGAAAUGUCAUGGCUUGUCUGGACAUUUCCCUGAAGCCCCCUGAUGGUUAGCAACUGAUAUGGCAAACCAUCCCUCAAGGAAAUGUCAAGAACGUUGGCUGUAGUUACAGACCUGGGACACACAUGCCUGUUUAGGUACCAUACAAUCAGUGCCGAAAUAUUGGUUCUUUUCACUAGGACUCGCAUGAAACCCUUAAGGCCAGAGCAUAUUAUUAAGUAUGUAUUGUAACUUUGUUUCUAAGCGAAGUAAAGAAUGAACUAAGUUUAAUUUAAUUUUCUGAAAAGACAUUACUGGGCCAUCUUGCAGAAUAUUGAGAGGUACAAAGGGGCCUUUAGUCAAGUGUUGAUAGUCAUUUGAAAUGAGAUAAUGUGUGUACUAUGCUAGUGCCUAUUUCAGCAAGAUGCUGGCCAUAGCAAAAACAUGUCAGCAGAAAAGCAUAUAACCCAUGAGUUACUACGUUGUAACCCCAACUACUGUAAAGGAUGUCAGCAGAAAACAUGUAGACUGCAAUCCAGUCAAAAUCAAAUUACCUUGAAGGAUAUUUUUUAGAUAGAACUUGCAUCAGUCUCUGUGAAACAUGAAGGCUUUUGGUAAGGAUCUUCCCCCUAGUGACAAAUAUUAAAGGUGCAUGAACGUUUGCUCUAUUGUGUGCAGUACAAUUACAGUAUUGAUUCCUGUUCUCUGAUAGUGCAACCAAGUUGCGAACAGGAGUUUUAAUGAUAACAGGACUAGUGAUACUGGAAGUGUUUCCACUUUAAGGCUUCAACAAUAAGUGUACAACGAUUUCAUGCCAGUUGACCCCUUCUUGAUUAAUAACUUUAAAAUCAACAGUGUUCUAACUAGUCCAUGAAUUAUACAAACGAUGGCACUGAGCCGGUGAUGUGAAUAAAGAUUAAUCAAAAUAUACCUAUGUGUAACCUCAGUCUUAGCUGAAUCUGCAGUGUGUCCCAGUAGAAACUCACAGAUCAUUCCAUUAUGAGUUUGUACUCCUGUAUGUUUGUGAACAUAUAACAUGUUAUGACUUUUGUGUUGGCAAUGAACUUUCAUUGUAAUAUCUAUCAGGUACUCUCAUUUGUAUGCAUAUCAGAAAGCUUGGAUUUGCGCUGUAGCAUUCUGUUGCACUGUAACUCUGCAGUAAUGUCUUCAGUGUUGUUUAUCAAGGUUGAGUUUUUCUCGUUGUCCCGGUUUAAUCACGUACAAAAUCCUAUUAGCCCGAAUUGUGCUUGUGCCAUGAUAUUAAUAUGCUACUACUUAAUUUGUUACAACUAAGAAAUCUAGUCUUGUGUGAAACCUGAGAUUCACAUUAACAAUUCUAACCUGACCAGAAAGAUUUGACAUCAAUCACAAUCUCUUUAUGUUCCUCUUUACACUUUAAUUCUGUAUGAAAAUUGACCAGUGUAUCUUCUGUUUGGUCCAGCUUACUUGUAUCUAUCCAAGCUUGAAGUAAUUAAAAUAUGGAUUUUGUCCAUGUUUAUUUUAAGAUUUGUGAACAUCAAGGAAUAUUUGAGUUGCAUGACAUCAGAUGAAAUUUUUGCAUUCCAAAGCAAACUGUAUGCAUAAUGCUGAGGUUUAACAAAGCUGUGUACCUGAAUAUUUGUUGAUAUAAUUUGUUGAUCAUAUAUCAAGUGAUUCAAUUGAAAUGUCCUUAGCAUUAAGUUGCCACACAGGUCAUGUUGACCUUGUGUUGCUAAAAACCGACUUGGCAACCACUGUUCUCUCAAGUUGAUUCAUUAUUAUUUUCUUCAUAUAUUUUUUUGGUUUUGAUUUGAAAUAAUUUUGUGCACCAAUAUCAAAUUGCAGUUCCUAGUAAAACUGUAGAAAUAAACCUGUUGAAUAAAACAGAAAAAUGUACUUAAUGAAAGUUCCCCGGGGUUAUUGAAACCCAAAUAUCAACAAUACAGAUUGGAUUUUCAGUUUCCCUUCCCUUUUGCCUGCCCUCUGGUCUGUCCAUUUCCUUCCAAAAUAAAGCAGUAUUGCUACACUGUACAUAGAGAUGAACAAAGCUAUUGUGAUAAGAAAUGAAUCAAAGGACCAAUGUGAAGACUUGAAGAGAAUGGUAACCAGUCCGGAAGUUAGUUGAGAUUAAACCUGCACCAGCACAAGGCUGCAAGUAUUGCACUAGCAGCGAGCGACUCAAUAAACAGUGGAGACAGACCGAGUGUUGUUAUACGUGUGGAUAUGUCGUCAUGUAUGACAUGUGCAUCCAUCCCAUUGUUAUCAUUGCCAUGCAGGUAGUCAGUCUCAUCAUUGUAGACACAAGUCUGUGUCGUCAAAAAUCUGCUACAGCAAUAAAAAGAAAAAAAAUA